CUAUAGGAUUGUUCCAGGCAUGAUUCUGCCUCCAAUAUUGUUACAAUAAAUGCUCAUUCAGAUUGGGAACUUCAGUAGCAGUAGAGUUAGGUAUUGGAAUACCCACGUUAUUUAUAUCAAUAGAAAGAAAUAGAGUUUACGGUAGUAGAUAAAAAAGAAUUAUACAGAAAAGAAAAUGGAUAUACAGUUAACCUUGUAAUAUGAACUUAUGAAAUAUUUAGCUGGACAUUUCAUUAGGAAUAUUUGAUAGAACAAAAUGUGAUGGUACAUAAGAUUAACAAAAUAUCUCUCUAGCGAUAGAAUUUCACAUAUAUAUAUCACAUUGUUAUAACCUAAGUUUCAAAUAACACUAUGGGUUGUUUAUAUUCGACGAAGAGAAAGGACGCAAUGCGGAAAAAUAAAAAUGUUAAUACACAACCGCGAAAAAAAUAUUUACCAGAUAAAACUGGUGACGAAAACGACAAUGGAAAUAAUAUAGAGAAAAAUCUACCUGAUUUUACAGACGAACAAAAAGAACUUGUUAUCGAAUCUUGGAAAGAAAUUAAAGAUGAUAUGGAUAAAGUUGGAAUACAAAUGUUUAUGAAGCUUUUUGCGAGCCAUCCAGAUGUACAAGAUGCAUUCACAACAUUUAAAGGAAUGAGUCCUGAAGAUUUAACACAUAGCAACCAAUUAAGGUCACACGCUAUGCGAGUUAUGGGAACUGUAGACAAGUGCCUUACAUGUAUUCAUGAGCCAGACAUCAUGUUUAAAACAUUACAUGAUCUUGGUGCUCGACAUGUCAUGUAUACAGCAAAGGUCGACUACAUGGAUCUGAUAGGACCACAGUUUAUAUUGGCGAUACAACCAGUUAUUGGUGAAAAAUGGAAUUCAGAACUCGAACAAGCCUGGUCGGACUUAUUUAAACUCAUCGCACAUGUUAUGAAAGCCGCUAUGACGUUUUAUUGAGUUAUCAAAAUAUAGUUAUAGUAUUUUGAUUGGAAUUAACUUGAUAUGAAUGUCUGUUUUGAAUGUUAUAAAGGAUAAUGUAAUAAUAUACGGUCAUAAGAGGGUACAUGUUAAUUAUUGAAUACAUGUUUAUCUUUCAAAAUAUCGCUUACUGCUAAUGAAGUGAUAUAGACAAAUACUUUACUUACAAAACGACUACAUUAUGUAUGCACUUCAUGUAUAAGUCAAUUAAUUAUAUAUCUAUCUUUCCCUAAAAAUUUUAAAAUAAUUAUCAUUGACAUUCUUAUUUGCUUAACCAUUAUCCUUACACGUAAGUUUUGAAAAACGUUUUCUCUUGAACAAUGAAAUGGAAUUUAGGAGCCUUGAAAAACUAUAUACACACGAGACAUGAUAAUCUAGCAUUCUUUUUUAACUAUUUGAACCAUUAUAACAUCACAUUUCAGUCCAUUAAUUAUGUGUUUUAAUGUAAAGUACGUUUAUCAGAGUCUCAAUAUUCUUGAACGCGAGACGUUUUAUAUGCUUCAGAUAGAGCUGAAUAUUUACAAAUUAUACGAUAAUCUUUAUAAUAUGAAUUCAGAUUUUUUACCAGUAGAUAUAUUGUGUUUUGAAAUCAUAUUAUCAUGUAAUAUCACAAAUGUGAGAUGAUAUGUAAUGUUAUAUACCACCAAUCGAUAUAAGCGGAAUUUGAUCUGCAAAAAAGAAACAAUAUGGAAGUCACAAAUACAUAGCCCUAUUCUUCUUUCAAGAUAAAUUUCUUGAAAUUAGCAACUUAUUAUGUUAAUUUUCAUAUUGAAAUAAUCCACUGCAAAUGACCUAAAAGAAUUUAACAUGUAUGAUGAAUGUUUGGUAUUUAACGUAUAGUAUGUUAUUGUACCAUGCAAUUAUGAUUCUACUUUCAAUUAUGAUAUACGUGUAUAUAUAAUAAGACAACACAUGCCUAUAUGUUAUGCUUUACAAUAAAGUAUUUAUGUUUUGUAUUGUAUAUUCAGCUGGUACCCAUGCCAAAUAGCCAGGUUCAAUAUUUAUUCAGGUGUUGUACAUACAAGCUUUCACUGCAUCGGAACUAACACACUUGUCUGGUUUUAGUCAGCUGUCUCAAAGUUCAACGUAAAAUGAUGUAUAACAGAUGACUGACUAUUUUGAUAGUUUUGUAUUAUUGUCUUGUUAAAUGGUUAAAAAUUCGAUAAAAAUGUUGCAUACACAUGAAUGUUAGAUUUUGUUUUUAUUUUAUAUUGUUUUAAAUAAAAUUUGAACAUUUUGUUACAAUUA